UAAGUCCUUUGCCACAUCGUGUUCUUCACUUUUAAUUCGUAGCUUGGGGCUUGGUCGUCUAUCGAACUCUAAAUGGCUAGUAGUAGUUCUGCGGGAGAAGGUGCACGCCAGAACACUGCCGCCGACAAGGACAAGCUGGUCACCGUUCUGAGCAUCGAUGGCGGCGGCGUCAGGGGGAUCAUUCCGGCCACCAUCCUCGCCUUCCUUGGAGAGGAGUUCAAGAAACUUGAUGGGCCAGAAGCUAGGAUCGCAGACUACUUUGACGUGAUCGCCGGCACGAGCACCGGUGGCCUCUUGACGGUGAUGCUAACGGCGCCGGACAAGGAUGGCCGGCCGCUGUUCGACGCCAAGGAGUUGGCGCAGUUCUACAUCGACGAGUCGCCCAAGAUCUUCCCACAGAAUUGCAGGAACUCGUUCUUCGGCAAGAUCGCCACAGCUCUGAGUAUGGUGCGAGGGCCCAAGUACAACGGCAAGUACCUCCAUGCACUGCUUCGUCGGUACCUCGGUGAGACCAAGUUGGACGGGACGCUGACUAAUGUGGUCAUCCCGACCUUCGAUAUUGCAUACCUGCAACCCACGAUUUUCUCGAGCUUUCAGUUGAAGCACUCGCCUGCGAAAAACGCACUCCUGUCGGACAUCGCGAUCAGCACCUCCGCCGCACCGACGUUCUUCCCGGCACACUACUUCGAGACCAAGGACGACAAAGGCGAGCCGAGGGCCUUCAACCUCGUCGACGGCGGCCUCGCCGCCAACAACCCCACGCUAUGCGCGAUGAGCCAAGUGUCGCAGAACAUCAUCGAGGGGGACGGCGAGUUCAUCGUGGAGAACCCGGUGGACUACGGCAAGUUCAUGGUGGUCUCCAUCGGCUGCGGGCUGAACCCGAAGGAGAGCUACAGCGCCAAGGACGCCGCCAAGUGGGGGAUCCUGAACUGGAUCGUCAAGGACGGCACCGCCCCCAUCGUCGACAUGUUCAACGCCGCCAGCGCCGACAUGGUGGACAUCCACCUCUCCGUCCUCUUCGGCGCCCUGCGCUCCUCCCACCGCUACCUGCGAAUCCAGUACGAUCAGCUGAGCGGGAGUGCGGGUUCCAUUGACGACUGCUCGAAGGAGAACAUGGACAGGCUGGUGCAGAUCGGGCACGAGCUCCUCAGGAAGAACGUGUCCCGGGUGGACCUGGAGACCGGCCGGAACGUGGAGAUGCCCGGCCAGGGCACCAACGCGGAGCAGCUCGCCAGGUUCGCAAAGCAGCUGUCCGACGAGCGGCGCCGCCGCAAAAAGGCGCUUCAGGUUAACUAGCAGCUGGCCGGCUCGCUCUACUGUGUUGAAUCUUGCUCGUUCGGUGGAUGUUCUCCAUUCAGUUUUUUUUCCUUGGUACAGUGAUGUAAUAUUGUACAGUCAUGUAAUAGUAUUGUGCCACAGUUAUAAUAAGUGUGUUCCAUUGUUUGCCAUGUUUC